AUGUCAAAUUCUAGUAGUGAUACUGAUGAGUUUUUUGAUGCUGAAGAGUUUACUGUUCGCGAACAAAAGUAAAUAACAUUCUAUAAUAUCGUUUUUUAUUUGAAAUCUGUGUAUAUUUUAGAAUUAAGUUUUUUUUUUUUUAGUGAACAAUCAAAUCAGACUGUCAAAAGUGAAAAAGAACUUUUGGAAGAAAAGAAAAAAAAUAUGACUUUUAAAAUAUCAAGCGUUCCUAAAUCGGUAUAAUAAAAUAGUUUUUAAAGGAUUAGUAAUGUUGUGUACUUAAGUCGAUUUAGUUCUAAAAUCCAAAAAAAACUCUAAGAGACUUAGGUUUGAUAGAUAUAAGUUUUUAAAAGGGAUUAUGAUUCUUUAGGUUCUUUACUAUAGAAUAUAUAUGAGAAAUACAAAUAAAAAUAAUUUUGAAAUUUUGGAAAAUUUGAAAAAAUGUAGAAAACUGAAUUUACCAAUCUCAUGUAAUUUUCUAAUUUAUUAAAUCAGGUCUCAGAGCACAAUGGUCGUCGAAAAUUCAAUGAAAUCCGGCAACAUAUGCAAAUUGAUGAUGAUGAAAUGCAAGCUGUAUCUCCAACUGAAAGUCAAGCCUCAUCAGCUGAUGGAGUAUUCCUAGCUCCUUCACAUAGACCUAGUCAUCCUUUCAGAGUUAUUGAGCCAGAUGGAGCAUCUGUGCAAAGUAUUUUAUCCUUGGGCAAAGUUGGAAGACUACUAGGAGGAAACAUCCAUACAGAUUAUUUCAUAGGUUUAUAUUGUGUAUUUAUUAUUUGGUAUGUAUAUUUUUAAAUGCCUAUUUUAAAAUAAUUUCAUUUUAGGAAAAGAAAUGGCUUUAAGGCCAUUGGACAAUAAUAAAUCAUCAGAAUCAUCAACACCUGUUUCUACUGAAGAUAAAACUAUUGUACCUGAUGAAAAUAUAAAUACUUUUCAUGAACCUGAUGUAAUAGCAAGCACAAAAAUUCCAAAUAAUGGAACAAUUAAUAUAGAUACUGAUAAUCCUAUGGCCCCUCCUAGACGACCACCAAGACGGCAACGUAAUAAACCAACAAAUAUCUCUAUUGAAAAUGAUGGUGCUAAAAUUGAAAAUAAUUUUAAAGUACAAACCAUAGUAAUUUAUAAAAAUUUUUUAAGUUUAUUAAAUAAAUUUUGAAUUGCAGUUGAAUGUAGAAAAAGAUGAAACCAAUGCCAAUUGUUUAACAAGUCCUGUAAGUACCAUUGAAUCUUUGACAAGAGAAUUGGAACAUUCAUUAGAUCUUCAUUCUGCUACUAAAGGCCAAUAUAUUGUUAAUCAUCAUGUGAGUAAUAUUAUAUGUUAGUAGCUUAAAUAAAUUAAGUACUUAUUAAAUUAUUUUAGGACAAAGAAAAACCAGUUCUUAAUAUGAUUAAAGAAGCCAUUGAAGAAGUGAAAGAAAAAUCCAAAACACUUACCUCACAUAGUAAUACAUAUCCUAUGGCUAGCACAAGUGGUAUUGCAUCUAAUAGAUCAUGUAACCGUGUUACUUCACGUGAACGUCGGAGAUCAGCUGGAGAUGAACAAGAAUUGAGAGACCAGCAGUUAAAUAUGUUUUUAAAAACUCAUACAGAUUCCGGAAAAAAAUUAACAGAUAUAGUAAGCAUUUUCUAUUAGGUAUUAUAGAGGUAUCCAGACUCUUGGCUGUGGAGCAUACAUAGGUUCUCAUUAUGGAAAGGGGGACAUGUCUUAAAAUAUUUUAAGCAUUAUAAAUUAAGAUCAUCACAUGCCUGUUAUGUUGAGGUAAAAAUUUACCCUGUUCUUUUUGCAAAUAUCUUAUGGGCAGUAGCACCGGAAUAGUUAACAAAUACUCGAGCAAACAUGCUCAAUAUUUUUAUUACAUACCAUAUAAUAGGUAAAUUAUACUACAUAAUUCAUAGUACUAGUUUUAUAUUUAAAUUUUCUACAAAUAUUGCUCAUAUAGUAUAUGUUUCUCACUACUGGCACCACCAAAAAAUUUGAUAGGCCAGUUAUCCAACUUAUACCCUGAAUUCAGCGCCAUUGCUUAUGGGUGCUUAUGAAAGCAUACAUUGAUUAGGGAAAACUUGAGUGAACAAACAAAUAAAUAAAUAAAAGGUGUUUUUAUUGUUUGUAAAUUAGCUAUAUUUGUUAAAUAAAAAUUUAUAUUUUAAUCAUUUUAAAUAGUUAGAUGUCUCAAUAACUUCAUCAAUACAAAUUUCAUAUGCCAAUUUUUAUUCUCUGAAUAUUGUUAGCAAACCAUUUAAUCGUUUUUGUUUCAUUAUAUUCCUUAAUUUAUUUUUAACUAUACUUAAUUUAAAAAAAUAUGGUUUCAUGUACAACUGUUGACAAGAAUAGUUUACAAUUAGAUAUUUUUGAACCUCCAAUUCCAGGAAUAAUAAUAAAUAUAAAAUAUAAAUAGUUGAUUCAUUUAAUGAUAAAAUAACUUUAUCUAGAGUUGUAUCUAUUUAUAUAAUAUCAACGAAAUUAGACUUCAUGGAUAAUAACAUUAAGGAAAUUAUUAUUUCUACUGAAUACUGAUAAAUCUUUUUAAAUUUACAUAAUUAAUAUAUUUGCUACACCACUGAAUACCUGAAUCAGUAGGAAAAUAUCUUCCCCCUCUCCUCUUUGUUAAGUAAUGUAUGAUUUUAUAUUAUUUAUGAUAUUUUUGAUGCAGGAAAUACUGGAACAAAUAACUGUAUUAAAUUUGGAUACUGGAGAAAGAGUUCCACUAAGCAUAGCUGAAGAUAAAUUACCUCAAUGCAUUAACCCAUUAUCAUUACACAUAAUGCGCUUGACAUCUGAAUAUGUUAGUACUCCAAACUUAGACUCCCAUUCCUAUAGAUCCAAUUCUAUAAAGAAACUUAAAGAAUCUGAUGAAGAAAGUAUAGGUAGUAAAUCAAAUGAUACUGUGGCUACUGGGCGGGAUGAUCCUGUUGAUGAAUCUACAAUUCGUCGACGGACAGCUAGAAUCAAACGAUUUUUGGGUACAACUGUUAAGAAAACUGUAAAUAAAGCUAGGACCAUUGUGCAUGAAGUAUCUCAUGUAAGGCACAAAGAAGAUGUUAUGGAAAUUGUAGACCUCGUAGAAAGGCCACAACCUACAACUGAUGUUCCUAAUGCACCACCUGUUAGUGAAACAUUCAAAUUAAGAGCAUCAAACAGUCACAAAGGACCUUAUGAAUUUGAUUCUGUUCAGCAUGUUCAAGUUAGUUGUUAAAAUUAUAAAAUUCAGUAGUUAUAAUACGUACUUGCCUUAAUACAUAUUCUUUUUAGGAAUUUUGCAAUGAACAUACGGGACCUGUUUGGUGUAUGAAAUUUUCCAUGUGUGGUAGAUUAUUAGCUACUGCUGGACAAGAUCGUGUACUUCGAGUCUGGGUCCUGCGAGAUGCUUUUAAAGAUUUUCAUGAAAUGCGUAAAAAAUAUGAUGCUGAUAAAGUUUCACCCACUCCAUCAACUGAGUCUUUAGUUUCUCAACUUUCUGUUGAUGAUCAAUCAUUUGCUGCUGAUCCAGACGAUCGUGGACCAUUUAUGUCACGUCCAUUUUGCACUUAUAAUGGACAUCGUUCUGAUUUACUAGAUAUAGCCUGGUCAAAAAAUUAUUUUGUCCUAUCUUCAUCAAUGGAUAAAACAGUCCGAUUAUGGCAUAUAAGCAGAAGAGAAUGUUUAUGUUGCUUUCAACACAUUGAUUUUGUCACUGCUAUUUGUUUUCAUCCACGAGAUGAUCGUUAUUUUUUGAGCGGAUCACUGGAUGGAAAACUACGGCUCUGGAAUAUUCCCGAUAAAAAAGUAGCAGUUUGGAAUGAAGUUGAAGGACAAACAAAACUCAUAACUGCUGCAAACUUUUGUCAGAACGGUAAAUUUGCUGUUGUAGGUUCUUAUGAUGGUCGCUGUAUAUUUUAUACAACAGAUCAACUUCGUUACCAUACACAAAUACAUGUACGAUCUACUCGAGGUAGAAAUUCGACUGGACGUAAGAUAAGUGGUAUUGAACCAAUGCCUGGUGAAGAUAAAGUGUUGGUCACAUCUAAUGAUAGUCGCAUUAGAUUGUAUGAUCUCAGAGAUUUAAAUUUAUCUUGCAAAUAUAAAGGUUAUGUUAAUAUAAGUAGUCAAAUUAAAGCUAGUUUCAGUCAUGAUGGUAAAUAUAUAGUGUGUGGGUCAGAAAAUCAAUGUAUUUAUGUAUGGAAAACACACCAUGACUAUUCAAAAUUUACAUCUGUGAGGCGAGAUCGAAAUGACUAUUGGGAAGGAAUCAAAGCACAUAAUGCUGUUGUAACUUGUGCAAUUUUCGCACCUAAUCCAGAAGUUGUGUUCAGACAAAUGAAAACUGACGAAAACAGUAGCCAAGACGGAUAUGUUUUGGUGAGUGCAGAUUUUAAUGGAUGCAUACGCGUAUUCAUUAAUCGAAUGAAACCAAAACAUAGUUCGUUACCAGCCAGUGCAAUGGCAUGA